GAUUUCCUAGUUCCGACUAUAAUAUGAACGCGGCAUCGGGCAACUUUCCAGAGCUCGAACUUUUCGACCUGAAGAUCACUCGUGUCAUGAUUUGACCUCGUUUUUUCCCGAGUUCCCAGUUGUCUUCAAAGCACCAAUAUUUAGACAACUGGAGAGAGACGUUUUGUUGCCAGUGAAAUUUCCGCUGCCAGUAAACAGCGCCGACGUGCAAGCCUAAGUGAGCAUUCUAUGGCAUGUUAUUACUUGGAGAAGGAGUUUAAAACGAGUAGUGUGAUGGAGGGAGAGGACCCAGAAGGAAAUCCCAGCACUGCCUCGUCUCACUCACUUCCUCCCCAAGCAGAGGCGGUAAGCCCAGCGGAUGAGGAUGAUUGUAUCACAACAGGGAGGAACUCUGAAGAGACCACUACACACACAAACAGCAUGGGCCAGCUGAGUCAGGAUCACCAGAGUGAAGGUGUCCCAGCUAAGACUGCUGCCACAGACAACAACCAGUCUGCCACCACCAUGGACAACCAAGCCCAGCAACAACCCACGGAAAGCCCGUCUAUCACUAAACUAUGUGGGUAUCUCCUUAAACAAGGAGGUCCCCUGAAGUCGUGGAAGUGGCGCUGGUUCACGUACGAGGAGAAGAAGAGCCAGUUGUUUUACUACAGGACGGCGCAGGAUGUGACCUCUUUGGGGAGGAUUGAGCUGUGCAGAGCCACGUUCGGUUACCCCCUCCACGGAGAGCAGGGCACCUUUCACAUCCAGACCCCUGAACGGACCUUCGUCCUCAAGGCAGAUAACCAGGAGGCCAUGAUGUACUGGCUACAACAGCUGCAGCUGAAGAGAUGGCAACACCGAGACCAGCUGACAGGAGAAUCUACACGUCACUGCACUGACCACCAGAGACCAGAGGGACAGGGGGAACUACCCGCCAGCUGCCCAGAUGACUUCCUGCCCACCAUGAAGACCCCGCCAGGCCUCUUGGGUGAGGAGGCUGCCAAUCUGCCCGCACCGCAACAACGGGCCCCCCUAAGCAACUUCUCCCUCAAACAUCCUCUGAUAGAGAUUCAGAACUCGGUGCACAGUCUUUUUUACAAGUGGUCCUCCCAGGAACUGAGUCGGAGUGUGUUCCAUUUGGAAGCGCCUCCUCCCUGGACCCCCUACCAGACAGCCCAGGACAGGCUUUACCCUAGGACUCCCGUUGACCCCCCAACUCCUACCACCCCGCUGCUGUUGGCGGACCCUGCGGGUGAGCGCUCCCCAGGGGAGGGCAGGUCGUUCACAUGCCCGUCCCCGAGGAUCAGGAGGAAGACUAGGGGCAGCUCUGCCACCAUGCCCGCUGCGCUACGGGAAGCUGCUUCAGACAAGACUACCCGCCUUCAGCAGGAGAAACACAUGCUGGCUGAGGAGGUCAAGGCCCAGAAGAAGCUGGUGUGGCUUCUCCACAAGGCCCUUGAGGCGGCUCAGCUGGAGAAGCGGACCUGCACGGAGUUCCUGGCUGCCGAGUGUGAGCAGGAGCGUCUGGAGCUGUUGAGGCACCGCGAGCGCCAAGCCGCUGACCUGCAGGGUCGUCUGGAGGAACUGAAGGUCGAGGCGGAGGGUCUGAGGGCGAGCUUGGCCCAAAGGGACGCCCACGUGGCCGAGCUGAAGGAAAACGUCACCCUGAUGAUGGCGAAGAACAACUCCAAACAGGAGGUGAUCCUGAAGCUGUCAGAACAGGUGGCGGCCUGCAUGACCGACCCAAGACGCACCAUGUCCACCACUAAUGGCCUGGAGGCCCUGACCUUCCACCAGCUGCAGGAGGACACUGAGAACCUCAAGGAUGACAUUGAGGCCUACAAGAUCCAGAACAAGUUCCUGAACUCUGAGAUUUACCAGCUGACCAAGCUAUGGCGCAACAGUUCAGAGCAGGAGAAAAGCCUUAUGGUAAAGUGUGCCUACCUGGAGGCCCGUAACUGUCAGAUAGAGAGUCGUUACCUGGGUGUACUGAGGAAGCUGCAGGAGAGCAAAGCUCUAGAACCGGGCCAGCGGGAGGCUGUGAGGAACCUCAUAGAGGACGCACUGAAAGGAGACCUGAACGACGUCCUCAAACUCAACCCUGUCAGGGAGCACGAUGAGUACGGCUUCAAGAUCAUCCCGGACUAUGAGGUGGAGGACAUGAAGCUGCUGGCCAAGAUCCAGGCCCUGGAGAUCCGCUCCCACAACCUGCUGAGGCAGGAGGCCGGGGUCAAACCCUUGUUGGACCGCUGGGCUCAGUACCUGGGUGGCCGCCCGGCCGAUGACCUCUGCCCCUCCCCGGAGCUCAAAUCCCUGCUGCGGUGUGGCGUGCCACGGGAGUACCGCCCACGGGUGUGGCGCUGGGUGGUAAGGGCACGCACACGCUCUCUGAGGGAGCGCCACCCGGAUCGCUAUGAGCAGCUGUGCCAGAAGAGCCUUACGUCACCCCACCAAGCCUCCAGACAGAUCCAGUUGGACCUACACCGCACACUCACCACCAAUCAGCGCUUUUCCUCGCCCUCCAGCCCCACUCUGCAGCAGCUCCAACGAAUUCUGCUAGCUUUCUCCUGGCAAAAUCCCACCAUCGGUUACUGCCAGGGCCUCAACAGGCUGGCAGCCAUAGCUCUCCUGGUGCUGGAGAGUGAGGAGGAUGCCUUCUGGUGUCUAGUAGCUGUGGUGGAGACCAUUAUGCCUCAGGACUACUACACCAAAACACUCAUAGCCUCGCAGGUGGACCAGCGUGUGCUGAAGGACUUCAUGGCGGAGAAAAUGCCCCGACUGACAGCCCACUUCGAGGAGCAUAGUGUGGACGUGUCCCUCAUCACCUUCAGCUGGUUCCUGGUGGUGUUCGUUGAGAGCCUGCCCAGCGACAUCCUCCUGCGGGUGUGGGACGCCUUCCUCUACGAGGGCACCAAGGUGAUAUUUCGGUAUGCCCUGGCUCUGUUCAAGUACAAAGAGGAGGACAUCUUGAACAUCCAUGACAACGUGGAGAUCUACCAAUACCUGCGCUUCUUCACCAAGACCAUCUCUGACGGCAGGAAACUGACCAACAUAGCCUUCGGCGACAUGAACCCGUUCCCCAUGAAGCUGUUGAAGAACCGGCGUGUGCUGCAUCUGGAGCGCCUGCAGGGGGAGCUCAGAGAGCUGGAGGCCCAGCAGAGGGAGUUUGUCACAGAGAGUGCAGAGCGUAAGGACAAGGACCUGGACACUAUACUUGUCAGCGAGGACGAUGAGGACCUGUAGAGAUUCUGGACAGAGGGAUGGAUUCUGUGGAACUAAUGGCUCUAAUGGUUUUGGAGUUCUAGACUAUAUAGCCAUCUGAUUAAGAAUGGCCCUGCCGGUACAGAUAUGACCCACCCAAAGCUUUGGUCCAAGACCUAUUUUUUACUGUAUGUUAUGGUCAAGAACACUACCUGACCAACCUCAUUCUCUCUAGAUCAUAUAAUAGUGUACAUGCACUGCCAUAGGAAUUAAUGCAAAAUACACAAUGUACACAUUUGCGCACUUAAUUUAACUACAGUAUGUAUUUCAAUGAGCAUAUGUCACAGAUUUUUAUUUGACAUGUUUCACUCGUUUGCCAAAAGGCACACUCCAGAUUUUGGGUUGCAGCAUAUUUUGUCCAAAUGCAGGAUACUUGUGUGUUACUGUUUUGCAUUUAGUUUACUUUUCCUGUCAUUUGUGUAUCAUAACAAGAUGUCGACUUUAUGUAUAAUGUACAACUACGACAGUCAAUGACAAGUUUACUUUCUCCAAUUUAUUACCUUGGGAAAAAAAAUGAAUAUACAUAAGAAAUAUAAAAAACAAAACAUUGCCCAAUGUUAAACAACCUUACUGCAGACAUUUCUAAAAGCUACUGUUACACCAGUUAAACUGAUGUUGCCUAUCCAGAACAGUAUCUCUCAUUCCUGUGUGACAAGAAUAGACGUGCAGUUUGUUUCCAAGAACGAAGAAGUCGACUAACAUCUCGAAAAACAGUGGCUUUGUUGCUGAGUAAAGCUAUUGUUCUAUCUGUUAAGUCACGUGGAGCUAAUGCCGUAUUAUUCACACCCUACAAAGAUGGCCCGCCCCCUGAGGAGCGAGGGGAAAAACAGACGGAAAACAUGCACGUCAUCUAUGGUCCAACAUUUUGAGUAUAGGUACUGGCUCUUACAAUACUGGCUCUUACAAUACUGGCUCUUCCUUCUCGGUAAUAGGGUAUUCUGUCCGCGCUAAUAGAAGCUGACAAAUCAGGCCUUGCGUCUCAGCUAAUCGCAGAGCAGUUUGCUUUACUGUCGUGUAAAAAAUAAAUAAACCAGAACACCGUC